AUGGAUGGGAAAAUAGGACAGGUGGGUGGAAAUAGCAGCACUCUAAAAAAAUUGCCUUCAUCCGUUGGAAAUCUCACUGCCCUGGAACUUUUACGGUUAGAUGGAAGUGCUAUAGAAGAGUUGCCUUCAUCAAUUGGAAAUCUCACUGUGCUUAAAAAAUUAUAUUUACGAGGAUGUGAAAACCUUGCAAAUAUGCCACAAAGUAUUUAUGGGUUGCAAAAUCUGGGUCUUAUUGAUCUUAGUCGAUGCCCAAAACUUGUCACACUUCCAAAUAACUUGAUCUCUGAAGGUUUAUCGAAUGCAGAAUCACUUCCUUUGGAGGUUCGAACCAACGCAAACAAUCCACGCGAUGGCGACUUCAUGAGGCAUGGGGAGAUCAAAUGUGUCAACUUGCGGGAGCUUAAUUUGAGGGGUUGCAAGAGGCUUGUAGAAAUUCUAGUACAACUUCCAGCGUCUGUAGCAAUGAUCGAUAUGACUGAUUGCAUAUCACUAGAAAGAUUUUCAACAUUGUCAAAGAUAUUGGAAGACGAAGACAUGCAAGGCAUUAGUAACAUGGACUUAUCUAAUUGCCAUAGGCUAUGCGAUAACCUAGGGUUGGAUCUUUCAAAGAUGGCAAAAUUUUUACUGAAUCAGAUGAAGAGGAGUGAGAGGAUUAUCGUUACACUACUUGACAGUGGCAGUGAAGUUCCAGAGUGGUUCACUUUUGGUGAUGACUUUGAUGACUAUGAUGAGAGUGAAUUUGAUUACGUUGAUGUUGAUGGCAGGAGUUUUCGUAAUUACAAACUUCAUAUUGAAAUUCCUUGGACUUCCGUAUUGGAGAACACAAAAUUGAUUAGAAGUAUCUGUUUGGAAGAGAGACAAGGGAAGGUGAUGAAGUUGGACCCAGAAAGAGAACAAAUAUAUGACCUCUGUCUGCAUUUCAAUGUGUUGAUGUUGAAAACUUACUUGGAGUCUGGACCAAAAGGUGUGUUUAUACCAAAAUCAACAGCCAAUAGGCAUCAGACACGUGGACCAAAUUGGAGCUAUGGAGGCCUUCGGCACAUAGCUACAGUUCGUUCCUACCGAUCGCACGAUUAG